GUUGAUUGAUUUUUCCCGAUUUUGCCUCUAUCUGACCGUGCAUACGUCUAUAUGUAAUCUCCUAUUUUCGACAUAUAUAUAUAUAUAUACACAUAUAUUACGUAUUAUUUAUAAUGAAUAUAUAUAUAACGUUGGCUUGGUAUGUGUGCACUGCCGCCGCAUUAUUUCGAUGCCCGCCCAUCAAAUCUCGAUGCCCCCGUGGACAAAAUCGGAAUUAAUGUCUGUGCGGCACACCCUGGUACAUGCAUCCGUCGUUCAUCGAAUUUAAAAUGUAUAUAAUAUUGCGCGCCCGAAUACACACGUAUGUUUCGCGCGCUUUAAUACACGUGGCAACCAACGCGCCGAAAUCUCCUCGUUUGCACGACCAUGCGUGUAAACGAACUCGAAAAAAAAAUAAAUAAAUAAAUAAAACGACGGGCGCGACGACAAGCCGACGAUUUACACUUUCGUUUUCCGUAAUUUACGCUUUCAUUUUUCUCGCGCUUUUUCACUCGUUACUCGCGUACCGGCGCGUUUAUCGGGACGACGAACGGCUUGCGGCUGCAAUUUAACCGACGACUCAUCAUGUUCCUUCGUGGAGUGCUUAAUUAAAAAAAAAUAAUAAUAAUAACAAUAACUCAAAAUUAAAUGAAUGACACGCAUAAAAUAUUUUUGGAACUGAACGAUAAAACGAAUUCGAUCUCACUGUCGUACAUGUACCUGGAUGCUCCGAGGACACGCUCCACGCGUGUCUCCUUUGAUCUGGUGCCUUCUCCACCGAAUUCAACCGACUGUGGUAAUGAAUGACCACCAAAAAAACUACCGAUACUUGAAAAAAAUAUACCGUACGAACACUGCCUCGUUUGCUGCAUGUGGAUCGCCUUAGCAGCCUUAGCCACUGUCGGGGCCCAAAUGGUCCCCCAAAACGCUCACUGUGUCGUCUACACAGACAGCUGCGGACAGUUACUGGACACCCUCCCGGUGUGCCAAGAUUUUAAUCGACAAGUGUGCAACCGUCCCGCCUGCAAGUUUAUUCAUCUCAGUGAUGGAAACGUGGAGGUGAUUGACAACCGUGUAACGGUGUGCAGGGACGCAGUGAAGGGCGCGUGCAUGCGACCUCAGUGUAAAUAUUACCACAUACCGGUCGCGUUGCCGCCGGCGCCUCUGAUGGCGAUCGCAUCGUCUGCUUCGCCUUAGGGUUACUUUUGCCAGCGGCUAACGCUGGAACCGCACGAGGAAACGAGGAAGAAGACUCGAUAAGCUUGCGCGAACACGCAUCUCCGUACAUGUCGAGAUUAUUGUGCAUCGAGGCGGCAUCAGUAGCGACAGCGACGAACAAAGCGUACGAGAAGAAAUGGAGGCGCACCGAACAUCGUCGUUCUUGUCGUCGAUUCGAUUUAGCUUCAAUCAGCACGUCGAUAUUCCUCCGCGACAUUCCUCUCCGAUGUACACGAUGCUUAUGAUGCACACGAAUAUGCGAACGCACGUUCAGGUGACAGGGGGGAAAUAGCGCGCGGCAGGAAGAAUAAGAGUAGGGAAACGUUGCCGAAGAGAGGUUUCUGUCGGCGUGAAGUCGGAACGGAAGAAGGAAGAAAACACAUAUAAGACCCGAAAGUUCUUGCACAUGUAAGAGACGUUGUUGCCGAAAGAGAAGACUGAAACCGAGAAAGAAUUCUGAGUGAUUGGAUCGUGGAAGUUGAAAGACCGAGCAAUCCGGUGAAUCGUUGCGUCGUUGUGAAGAUUGUAUCGUCGAGUGUAUUCGUUACGAUCGCAGCGAGCUAGUAAGCAAAGUCUUCCUUAAUAUCGUCUUUUUUUCUUUCGAUUUAUAUUUGGCUUCCCAUGCAUCGUGUAAGGGUAAAUAAACUCGAAACGUUCGGAAUAACUCGUAAAACCGGAGCAGUAUUUCAACUUUCACGAUACUCUUUUUUUUUGUUAACUCGCUCGUGUGAGGCUGGGUUUUUCGGAACGAGUGUAAAGCAUCGACGGGAAAACAAUGACAACGUUUUGUCCCAGCGGGUAAACACGAAACUUGAAUACAUCGGGACCCAUUCUUCUCGCGAUCGAGCGAGUUAGCGAACAAUGACCCGCGGUUCAGUAUCGUUUAAGUUUCUAUGACUUCUCAUUGACGUGGCGAAGUCGCACCCGCUCCUUUCUCGGUCCUAAUUAAUAAUCGAUAAAUAAUAGUUUUUUCGAGGCCAGCAAAAUAUAGCUGAAGAAAUAAAUUUUAUUUUCGAUUCUGAAAUCUUGCUUUUACGAUAUCGAUAUUUCGAGUGCAAUCGUUUUUGUCCUAUGAUCGAAAAGCGAAAGAAACAAGAGAGUCAUAUAUAAAAUAUUAUAUAAGACACUUGUCCUAUGCAGCAGCUUGCAACAUUACUGCAAUGUUAGCAAUGUUAUUACAAUAUUGCUGGAACGUUGCAACGUUGCUGCAAUAUUGUUGGAAUGUUCCGUGCUGUAUAGGACCUUUCUUCAUCUCUUUUUCAUCAUAGAAAAAAUUAUUGCAUCAUGUUUUAAAGAUGUGAUUGAUAUUUAUAAUAGAUUAUAUUUUUUAUGUUUGUGAGAACUUUACAUUCUCUUAUAUCAACGAUUUUCUUCCUUCUCCCGAUUUCUGGCAUGCACUCAGUGUCUUCUUUCGCCGUGACGUGUGAUGCACGUUCGCGUAAUGCAAGAUAUGCUCGUUAGAAAAUCCGAAGAGAGUUCAUCUCGAAAUAUUGUUCUAUAAAGGCGUAUUAAUAUUAUACAUAUAAUUAUAUUAUAUAUUUAUGCCAGAUUCUGGCGUAAGAAAGAAAUCGUAACCUUAUCACACAUAAGUAGAUUAGCUAGGGGCCGCGAAUCAACGCGAUGAAACAAAUGACCGAAGAACACUGAUCUUGAAGAAGAAGAAGAAGAGAAACGUAUAUGAUACAAAAUAUAACGACGAUAAAAUAUCACCGAGAUGAUGAGAGAAUUUACACGAGAUAUGAUAUAACGCGGCGGACGCAUAACGAAGUUUUUUAUACUCGUAUAUAACAAAUCUCAAUUAUAUUUUGUUUUUAUGAUAAUAAUGUAAACGCCUGUGUGUGUAUAUACGUACGAGGAGAGACAUGUAUAUGUAUAUGUAUGCAUAUGCGAGAAGGUAUAACGAUUUCGCUCGAAGAGGAGCAUAAUAGUUAUCGGCGGAUUGAUUGGCGGCAAUUAGAUGAGCGGAGUGAAAUAAUGGUAGGUAAUGGAACGUCGAAAUUUCAGAAACUGCGAAGCGAUCAAUUCUCUCGCGCGAGAGGAAUAGGAAGCCUUAACGAGGUUUACACCGGCUAUUUGACUUUCGACCGUCUUACUUGAUUCGCGAGAACCGAGCAAACGCCGAAAAUCGCACAUUCUAUAGGCUGGUAAACACUAAUUAAUUAAUACACUACGACAAAUGUAUAUGACAAAUUUAUAUGCAUACGAUAAGAAAUUAUAUUUAAUUAAAGGUAGACUCUCUUCAGAGAGAGAGAGAGAGAGGGGGAGUUGGGAGUAUAACAAGAACGAUCGCGAGAGGAGAUAUCGCGAGGUAUUCUUGGUGCGAACGAAAGCUGCCGAGAGAGACGAGAGGAAUCGUUUUAUAUAUCUGCUCUUCGAGGCAAAUGAAAAAAAAAAGAAACAAUCGAUCCGCUGGAUCGCGUGUAUAGGUUUACACGAUCGAUAGGGAAUAAGUUUAUACGUUGUUUCAGUCUUCGUAAAUACGCGACCCUUCGUAAUUACUUUAAUUGUUGCGUUAAUAUCCUUUAAAUCUAAUAAUUAUUCAUUUCCCGUGAAGGACCCCCCUCCAUCGAUCGAGUCUUUCGUCAUUAAAUGCAUUCUUCAUGAUUACUCUUUUGUGCACGCUUAAUUGCGUCUUCGAAGGUAACUCUCUACGAUUACGCGUGCACUUUGCAUAUAUACAUAUAUAUAUAUUCGCGUUUGCGAAUCUCAUUUCUUUCCACAGUUAAAAAUUUAAACGAUACAUUCUCGCGUCCAGAAAAAAAAAACAAAUAUUCCGAACAAUAUUUUUUUACAAGGUAUACAUAUAUACGUCGAAAAUAUUAAUGUUAAGGCACGCUUGCGGACCUAAUUUCCUUGAAAAUGUCUCGUGGACUGAUUGCUCACUCGAUAGAAUUUGCUCUGGAGAGUCACUCUCAGAGUUUAAUUUCCUAAAGUAUGCCAUCAGUCUAAGACUUUGAAAAUUUCACUACAUAUGCUAACACUUACAAAUACGUGGCAAUGCUUGAAAGACAUUUUACCGUCCAGGAGAGGCUUACACCAACUUUCCCGACCAACGACACGAUAUGAUCUAUCGAAUAUUCAUACCGAAAUAUAUUGCGAAAUGAAAAAUGCACUUUUGAACUAGUCAUGAUGAUGGGACAGGAUCCUUCACAACUUCCCUUUUUGUACUGUUAGAUUAUAUUAUAUUCUUUUUUUUAAACUUAGUUAAUGCAUUAAUCGUUUAAUUGUUUAAUCGAUCACAUUGAUGAUAGUAUAAUUAUUUAAACGAAAUUUAGGAAUAUAACAAAGUACUCUAACGACAAAAUAAAUAUAAGCCUACGGAUAUAAAAUAAUAAAUAAAAAUAAAAUUAAACGAGUGAUUAAAGAGUUAAGCAAGUAAAUGUUCCUGUACAGCAUUUAAGAAUCAAAGGACACUCUUAUCAAAGCAAAAGGAAAAAACAGAUUAUACACCUUUGGUAUUAGAAGGGAAAGAUCCGAGGCUGGCGAAUAUAGUUGGAAGUUCAACUUUGUAAAUUACUCGUGUACAUAAAAUAGUAUUAAUGCGUGAGAAAUAACUCUCGAGGUUUUAGAGUAGACAGAAUAAAAGUACUGAGGAUUCUAGGAACGUCAUCGGUUUUCAAAUUUGUUCGUUAAACAAAUCUAUGGACGAUCGGAAAGAACGUUUUAGACGCGUGUAACAGUAAUCCGUUUUAUAACUUACAUGUACUCCUUUGCGACGAAUCGUUCAAAUUUUAAUGUUAAUCUUUCAAACGCGUUUUCUUCCUUUAAUUAGUAUACUUCUCUCUCGACACUGUGAUUCUAGUCAUGUGUUCGAAAUCAUUUAAUAAUAUCUUCAUCCCUUGAUAUUGUCGCUUCUUAAUAUUCAUGAUAAUUCGUACGUUUGUAAUUUUUUAUUUACUUUUUCGUCUUUAAAGUGUCAUUGAGUAUGUGAUAGAUGGCUACAAACGUAACUCAAGAGGGAUAUUACAUGUAAAUUCAUCGAAACAAAUGGGGAAAGAUAUAGGAGCGAGUUCCUCCGUGCCCAUACUUAGUAUGUAUAUAGAUUUAAUUAGAUACGCAUAGGAAGAAAAAGAAAGAGAUACAUACGUUAUAUUAUAUAAAAUUAAGUACAAUAAUCUAUGAAUGUCCAUUUAAGUGAUUCAAUGACACCACGAAGAGGAGAGCGAAAUAUUUUCAAUUGUGAUUCCACUUAGAGUAUACUCGAUACUUUCUCUUAGAGACCCGGGGUCUGCACUCCUCGUCUUCGGGAUAUUUCUUCUUCUUUGGUAUCGGUAAAUUGCAAUUAGAUCCGUUUACUACGUCUUCGUACGGAGAGACACCAAGAGCAGGAACGAUAUUCAGAUUCGUCCCACUCGCUGCCAGCCGCUCAGCCUGUUUAGACGAGCAAAGUCCUUCGAGAAGUUAUCGAUAACUCCUCCUUUCGUGUCGUCUCGCGAUGGUACGGUUCGUUAAAGCUCAGGUAUGCCCUGAUCCCGACGCGCUCGAGAACGAGAGAAACGACCGGGAUGCCUUCGGCUUAUUUUCGAACGGAUUUUUCUCUCUAAUUGCUAAACGAUGAAUUAGUUUUAGGUAAACGAAACGGUCACAUACAGACAACGCAUCUAAGAGCGCGAAAUUAACGUCGGACAGUACUACCCGUCUUUCCCUUUAAUACCAAAAUCUCUAGUAAAUACACGAUAUAUGAACGAAUACUAUAAUUAAUAAUAUAAUUAUGCGAACACAAAAUGAGAAAAAAGAAACGACGGACAAAAAAACGAAAGAAGGAUCGAAGCGCUACUCCGACUUACGGUCGCAAAUACCACGAGAGCCAUUCUAAAAAGCGAUAACUAAAAACAAUGAAAAGAUAAAAAAGACAAUGAAAACACGGUGAAAACGUUGUGACGAAUCCACUGGAGUUUGAGCUUCCCAACUUGAGUCAAGGGUUUUAGCUGCUGCAGCAAGCAAUCACAAAGCAAAACAAUUAUUUGUAAUCAAGUAAAAAGUUCGCCCGCGCAAGUUUCCUGCCGUCGUGUUCGAGCGUCGUUUGGCGUCGAUAAACUUCACGCGACUUUACAUCUUCGAGAGGAAACCGACGGAAAACGCAUUACCUCGCGCAACGGCAUGGAAUUCACGGCGGGAGAUUUAUGUACGCUGCCGCUUAUGUAUCUAUAUAUGAUAACAGAAUGCUGCUUCGCAUGGCCAACGAUUGUCUGCUGGAUCGCAUGAGAAACGCGAUUACUCGGAGAUAAAGAUUUGUCACACAUUGUCUGGACGUUAAUUCUUAAUUGGAGUUCUGUACCGUUAUAAAAUUAAGUAUGCAAUACCAUUUCUGCAGGCAACUAGUUGAGAAUUAACGAAAAUUAUUGCGGUGUCGUUAUGAAGCGUCGGGUAAGCUUUUCAAACCCGUAUCUUUUUGCAAUUUUUAUUAUUGCAAACAAAAAAUAAUAAAUGCUCUGAAAGAUUCUGUUCUCAUGCGUUCUAUCGUUCGUUGGCCGGAUAUGCUCGUGUGUACCUACCUAGCUUUUUGCGCGCUACGCAUUUUUGACUCUGCUAGGAACAGGAAAUGAAAAUGGGAAGGAGGGCGAGAAAGAAAGAAGAUUAGAGAUUGGAGGGAGAGAUAGAGAGGAAAUAGAACGAUGAAGUGCAAAACGUGUUUUUACUCUGCAGAGAAACCAGUCAGCGCACCGACUUAUGAUCGCGAUAAUCGCGAUUAUUCGAACGAAACGCGAACGUUUGUUAACGUUUAAGCGAUUAAUCCGCUUAAUCGGAUUGUCCAUCGACGAUUCUGUCAGCUGCAUGCCUGAAAUUACCUGCACGAAAUCCUGACAAGACUUAUGGAGAUAUUAUUCGUAAAUUCGAUCGAUUAUCAUGCAAUAUUUGGAAAAAGUAUUUAAGGAGAACGAAAUAAUAUCUUUUUUAAACAUUUAUU